GCUGCGCUGGCUUUACUCCGCAGUGUUUUCUGCGCCCCGAGGCGACGCUGUUUUCAACGGGACUCAACUUAGUAUUUGCUGGACUCGCUAUGGCCGCUUGAGCCAGGCUGAAAUAGUCUUCUUCCGUUAUCAUUUGGUCGCAGCAUUUGGACAGACUUUUUUCUGACGUACUUUCGACUUCUUUUGCGUAGUUUUUAUGUCAAGGAACAAGGAUGCAGCCUCCACCGAGAAAGGUCCGGGUCACCCAGGAGCUGAAGCACACUCAUGCUGAGCAGAUGAGCAGAUUACAGAUCAAACACCAGACAGAGUGUGACCUGCUCGAAGACCUGAGGUCUUUCAGCCAAAAGAGGGCAGCUAUAGAGAGGGACUACGCCCAGGCCCUGCAGAAGCUGGCAAAUCAGUAUUUGAAGAGGGAAUGGCCAGAGAUGGAAGAACCAUCAGACCACAGGAACAUGUAUUGUGUCUGGAGGGCCUAUUUGGAGGGAACAGUCCAGGCCACCCAGUCCAGAAUAAGCACCUGUGACAACUACAAAGUCCAGGUGGCCGAUGCAGCCAAGAUGGCACGACUGCAGAAGGAGCAGCAACUGAGGAAGUGUAUUGAGCAGCUGACUGUGGUCCAAGCCGAGCUGCAGGAGUCGGUGAAGGAGCUGACCAAGAGCAGGAAGAAGUACCAGGAGGCCGAGACGAUGGCACAGGCUGUCCGAGAGAAGGCCGAGCUGGACGCCAAGUCCAAGCUGAGUCUCUUCCAGUCCAGAUCCAGUCUCCAGAGGGCCAGCGUAAAGCUGAAAGCAAAGAGGAGUGAGUGCAACUCCAAAUCCACGCACGCCAGAAAUGACUACCUUCUCAUGCUAGCAGCGGCAAACGCACACCAGCAACGCUACUACAACACAGACCUCAUGGACUGCAUCAAAAUUUUAGAUGGCAGCAUCUAUGAGCAGGUAAAAGAUUACCUGGUGUCACUGUGUCAGACAGAGCUAGAAACCUACCAGGCUGUUCACAACAUCUUCAACCAGCUCCUCAACAGCUCAAAUGGGGUUCUGCAGGAGUUUCACCAGCAGCUGUUUGUACAGAAGAACCCCACUUUCCAGCAAGCACCAGACUUCAUUUUCCAGCCUGUCGACUCAGACACGGUGAUGCAGCUGCAGAAAGAGAGCGGGACGGCAGAGGAGCACAGUCUGGACAAGGAGGCAAGGAAAUGGGCAAGCCGUGUGGCCCGGGAAUACAAGAGCAUCAUCCACACGCAGAAGGCCCUGGAGGAGUACGGGACGCAGGAGGCAUCAGAGCCAAACAACAGCGAGCUGGAGACCAAGAUGGAGGUGGCCAGGCAGAGUCUCCGGAGGGCAGAGACGGUGAAGGCAAAAGCUGAAGCCCGGCUGGACCUGCUGAGGGAGGCGGGAGUUGCGGUUGAAACGUGGCUGAAGAGCGCAAUGAACCAGGUGAUGGAGGAGCUGGAGAAUGAACGGUGGAACAACCUCAGUACCCACGAUCCUUCGCUCUCUGUAACAGCAGAUUUGGAGCGAGAGGAUGAGGAAGAGAUGGAGGACAGCGGUGAAGUGUUGGACGACAGCAGCUCCAGCCCCUCCAGCACCUUGAAAAACUAUCCACUCACCUGCAAAGUGCUCUACUCCUACAAGGCUUCUCAGCCGGAUGAACUGACGAUCGAGGAGCAGGAAAUCUUGGAGGUCAUUGAUGAUGGAGACAUGGAGGACUGGGUCAAGGCCAGAAACCGCAGUGGACAGGUGGGCUACGUCCCGGAGAAAUACCUGCAGCUGCCUUCCUCCAACAGCCUGCUGAGCAUGCUGCAGUCUCUGGCCGCGCUGGACGCCCGAUCCCAUUCCUCCAGCAACUCCACCGAACCUGAAACAGAACUCCCAACUGGCUCCGUCAACGGAGACUCCAGCGUGUCGUUCGCGAAGGCCUUGUACGACUACGCGGGACAAACGGAAGACGAGCUUUCGUUUCCGGAAGGCGCCAUCAUCCGCAUCCUGAGCAGAGAGACCCACGAGGACGACGGCUUCUGGGAGGGCGAGUUUAACGGCAUUGUUGGCGUGUUUCCCGCGGUUCUGGUGGAGGAUCUCACCGGGACCAGCGAGAAUGGAGAUGGACAAAGAGACGGCAGCCCACAGGCAUCCCCGUCCACUCUGGCUCAGAGCGAGCGCUCUCCUCAUGGUCCCUUCCAGCCGGGGCCUCUCCACAGCAGCCCCCUUCAGACACCCACUGUGUCCUCUCCAGUGUCGAGUCCCUGCAGCGCCACAGCCUCUCCCAUUGGCCGGCCGCCUUCCUAUCACAACGGACAUCACAGGCCGCCACCAGCUCCACACAAAAGCCCCUUUCACAGUCCAGCACAAAGUUCCCCGCAACCCCCCAAAUACCCGGAGAGCAGCGGUGGCACCAUCCGGCCUGUGCGCGCCGCUCCUCCGCCCCCGAAGCAGCAUCCUCGCGGGCAGGUGAAGCGGCGGGAGGAGGUGGAGAUUACGCUCGUGUGAAGGCGGCACCCCAGAGCACGGACUUUUAAACACACUCCCAAAGGAAACCCGAGGAAGCCUAAAAUUCCCAGAAGAGGCCUUGAGGCAGGAGAGGCCCCCCACACACACACACACACACUCAGAGGAGGAACACCGCGCCUUUCUCUUUAACUUCCUGUUCAGUGUUCUCAUUUCUCAACACCACGUUACCCAAAGUUUCCCUCCUGUUCCAAGGAGAAGCACAAAGGCCUGCAUUAUCCAGCUCUUCAUUUUCAGCCCUGAAAAAAAGAGGACUAAAUAGUUAAAGCGAUAACCAGCAAACAAAGUCUAACUUGAUAGAAAAGUUAACAUUGUUUUAUCAGUUAGUAGUGAUCACUUUAUUAGUGCCUGAUAUUUCUGGGGAUCAGGAAUAAGUCGUAUCCUUGCAGAGAGUUCAGUGUGUUACCAUAAAAACAGGGAUGGGCAGCCAGUUUGGCUCUGAGUGUUUAGAAGGUGUGAGCUAACAUUUUAUCCCAUUUAUUGAAAGCACUGACAAUUCGAAAUCGAGCCGUUAGCCAACAAGCAUCCGCUGGAUUUUCUGUCGUUGGGCUGUGGUAGCAUUUCACAUUCAAGUAAAAAUGUGUCCGACAGGACUGAUCUUUGAGAGGCCAAACUGAAGGAAGCCUUUGUGUUUUCCCUCCUUUUUCUGUCUAUAAACAAAAGAAAUGUCUGCUUUUUAAAAAAAAAAAUAAUCUGAAUCAGUGGAACAGAUAAAACUUCUUAUCCCAUCACAGAUCCAGCUCACUCACAGAGCACUUUGCCUGCUCAGUGAUGAACACUGAAAUAUGUACCCGUUUGCUGGGCUGUACCCAAAUGUGUGUUCGGAUAUUCGUUCACUGGGUAGCAUUUUUUAAAUCAUCUCCUCUCAUCCAUCUCUCAUCUGUCUUGGUGAUCGAUCGGCCUCUGUUCUCUAGAUUUAGCUGCAUUUCACACCCCUCCAACAAAUCUAAAACUUGUGUUUAAACUUCACUGGUGGCCUUUAAAUAGGUUUACGGCACAUCCGUGUUGCUUCACUUUGCCAAUCUGGCAGUUGUGUCAAUGUUUUAUACGGUUUGAAGUCCUUGUGGCCGGGGCCAAAAACAAACAAAACAGAUGUUUUGACAUCGCCCCCUGGUGGCAGGACAUUGCUACGGCACCAACCCACAACCACAAGUGAAUGACUUUGUUGUUGGGUUUAACCACUUUUCUGUAUCUCUGUUGAUACUACCACAGCCCAGAAAAAUGUGUUUCAGGGCAAAAUGCAAAAAAAUAAAUGUGAUAUAUUGUGCAUGUUUUUAUCGCUGUUUUGGUUUCUGUUUCAGGUUUAUUGCACCCCAGGUGAUUAAUUAUGUUUAAGCUCCAACUUCACAUUAAACUCUCUGCAAGAAAACACAAGUUCUUCCUUUAGCCGGUCCUACCACAGAGCUUGAAAACAUCAGUUCUAAUUGAUCAUGCUGUGGAUGCCUUAACUGCAGAAGUUCUCCUCAGACAUGUUUAUGGAUUAGAGAGAGAAUCACUGAUGAUAUAGUUACGAGUUCGCCCCGUUGUGUCUCACCUCGUAGCUCUUUGUUACCACCAUCAGAUUCACGUCUAUGCAACAGAGCUGCACUUGUGAGCAAACCAAAAGUCUCGAUCGAAGCGCCAGCACGGGCGAGGCUGGUCCUCUCCGCCGACACGCGUAACCGCACGCGGUUACACAAACAAGGGAAAAGUGGCAAUUUUACCUGUGAUUGUUUUGGAUCCCUUUUCUUUUAUUAUUUGUUUUUCCUUCUAAUAUUUAGGAAACAUUUAAAGUGGGAAGCGAAGCACGCAAACACACACACACACACAGUCUAACUCUUCUUUGUCGUUUUUAUUGUUGCAAAAUAAAGAGGAAAAAAAUGUUUUUAAUGACACUAAUGAUGCCAGUAACGGUCGCUGUUGGGGAGGACGGUUUACACUGAGCAUGUGCAGUUUAAAGAUACAUUUAUGUUCACAGAGGAAACCAUCCUGAGCUGCUAGCUGUCCAGUUUAAAAUCUAUAGUGAAGCACUUUCUGAUGUCUUCUUAUUCCUUUCAGUAUUGUGGAUGUUUUGUUCAAUAUUUCCUGUUUGAUGUUUGUUUACCAGCCGUAUUGGUAUGAAUACUUCCUGUUAUUUAGCCUUAAAUAGCCAUUUUAGUGUUCUUGAUUGAGAUAUGACUUAUUGAUCGUAUUGAUAGUUUACAGAGAGCUUAGAGAUGGAUGUCUGUGCAAAUAAUAGCACAGCUUUUUCCCCCCCCCCCCAUUUUGUUUCUAGAAUCAAGAUUAAAAAAAAACAAAAACGAUUAAACUGUAGCUGAAUCUGAUCAGAGGAAAAGUAUCCGUCAGCCGUGACGCUGUGUUUUCGUUGAUCUCCUUGAGAUCUGAAUGACAUCAAACUUAUUUUUGAAGUUUGCAUUUACCCUGUUGUGUUAAAAAGAAAGGACUAAAGUUUCUUUCCCAUUAGAGAAGUUGUUUUGUUAGCCUGCUCACUGGUCCUGAUCACGCAUCAAGUCCGAAUCUGAAAUUCAUUUUGAAAAAGGGGAAAGAAAAAAAAAAAAAAAUCCCACGUUUUAGAGCAUCGGCUCAGCAGAGGCUGCCGGGCGUCGUAUUUACACACCAGUGGAUGUUUAACUGUAUUUAUUGUGUACAAAUAAAUGUGAAAUAA